GUUCUCUAGGGUCAGGAGCCGUGCGUCAGUGACGUCAUCACCAGGCGACUCCUGUCUGAGCGGAAGUGACUGGUCCUUUUCGACCGUUAACCCUGUCAGUGCCGGGCGCCCUGUCUGCAGUGUAGCAUGCGUGUGUGGUUUCACUAAUGGACCAGGUGGUGCUCAGUUAUGGAGAUUCUCUUCUGCGCAUUUCAGAUGUUGCCCUUCUCGAUGCCCCUCACUGGUUGAAUGACAACAUCAUUGGCUUUAUUUUUGAAUUCCUGUCAUCCACCUUAGCGCCAUCAACAGCUGAAAGGGUUGCCCUCCUGGGUCCUGACGUGAGCCAGUUUAUAAAAUGUUGUGGGAACGAUGCUGCAGAGUUUCUACAGCCGCUGGAGAUACCCAGAAAAGACCUGGUUUUGCUGCCUGUUAAUGAUAAUGCUGGCACUGAAGCAGGCGGUACACAUUGGAGCCUUCUUGCCUAUCUCCGUAGUGCCCGUCAGUUUCUUCAUUAUGACUCUGCGCCAGGGACUAAUGCCCCACAUGCCCGACUUAUGGCUAGAAACCUAAGCAGUCUGCUGGCUGGAAAUCCACGAUACCAGGAAGAAGAUGCCCCAGCGCAGCACAACAGCUACGAUUGUGGCAUGUAUGUGGUAUGUGUGGCACAAGCUCUGUGUGAACAGUAUUUUCGGGGGUGCAACAAUUUAAAUCUGGAAAACAUCACACCUCAGUAUGUUACACAGAAGCGUGCCGAGUGGAAAGAAAUCAUCAGGGAACUUGGUAGCCAUUCCAAAGCUACUUCUGGACAUUGAAGAGAUCCAUAUUUAUAGAACAUCCGCUUCUCAGGUCACACAGUGCAGUGAAACAUUGCUUUCAUAUUUUCUGAUCACAACUUAUUUUAAUAUAAUAUUUGAGGUUGGUUUUGACUGGCAGAUCUGGAUUACUGAUUUACCCUGGUUAUGCAGUAAAUGAUUCCAUUCUGGUAUCUUCUUUAUAUAAAAAGUCAUGCUAUGUUAACAUUAGAAACUCAAAGUUUUUGGGAUCCAUUGGGUAACCUCAUGGGCCCGAUCCAGCAAUUAAUUAUUUAACUGUUCCUCCUUCAGGUGGAACAGGAAAAAAAGAAAGCUUAAAGGGGUAUUCCAGGCCAAGACUUUUUUUUUUAUAUAUCAACUGGCUCCGGAA